AUGUCCCGACGCAAGCAAGCCAAGCCGCAGCACCUCAAGUCGGACGAGGAUCCCGCGCUAGCUGGGGUGGUCUCCGAGCACGCCCGAGGUGAAGUGCUGGAAGACGCCGACAGCGGGAACGAGAGCCGCAGCGGCAGUGAAGAGACACAUAUAUGUGAGAAGUGUUGCGCUGAAUUCUUCAAGUGGUCAGAUUUUUGUGAACAUUUAACGAACUGCACCAAAAACCCACUAGUGCUCAUAGUGAAUGACAAUGAAGAUACACCUGACCCCUCACAAGAGUAUCCCGCAGAGCUCUCCCCUGUCCCCAGCUGCCCCAGUGAGCAGGCUGACAGCGAGGACCCCAGGGAGGGCAGCCACAGUCCCGCCGGUGAGGGGGAUGACAUUCCAGAGACAGUUAACCUAAAUGGGGUCGAUGUCCUAGAAAAGGAGGAUGAGCAGAUGGAGGUUGAGCUUUCUCCUGAAAAACCUAUGGAUCUUGAAGAGAGAGAUUUGACAUCACCUGAGCCAGACAGCUCCCUACCUCAGCUCAAUGAUGUCGUCCCCUCCACUGUUACAAGCUACACCAUGCCGAGCACCAACGUCACCUUGGAGACUCUGCAUGGCACCCGGGUUGCAGUCGCCCAAUUCUCACAGAGUGUAAGGGCGGCAGCAGGUAGUGGAGUUUCCACCAUGGCUAUUCCCAUGAUCCUUGAUCAGUUGAUGGCCCUCCAGCAGCAGCAGAUACACCAGCUGCAGCUGAUAGAACAAAUCCGCAGUCAGGUGGCUCUCAUGAACAGACAGUCUGCCUCACAACCUGCUCUCAACCAUCAUCACAGCAAUGUGGCUGCAAACCAGGGGCCUGGAUCAUCCUGUGUCCCUCCUGUCGCAACAAUAGAGGGGCCUCUCUCUCAGACACAACAAAGUGGCAGUCAGCAGUCCACCUCUUCAAUCCCCAGCACAUCCUCUAAUAACUCUGUGUUUCCCCCACCAAGUGGUACUGGAUUGUCAUCUCUACUUCCCUCUUGCUCAUCCUCAGUGUCGAACAACAACAUUAGCACUAGUAGUAGUGUAACAGGAGGUGGCAUUAACAGCAGCUCAGCUCUUCCCAGGAACUCCACCACCCCUCCCUCACUCAGCCACAGCAGCCUCCUUGGCUCUGCCUCCAGUCUACCGCUGAUACCUCACAGCCCGUCCAGCAGCGUUAUCUUCCCCAACCCACUGGCCAGUAUAGCAGCCACAGCCAAUGCGCUUGAUCCCCUCUCAGCUCUGAUGAAGCAUCGCAAGGGAAAGCCCCCGAAUGUGUCUGUGUUUGACACCAAGCCUAGCUCCGAGGACCCCUUCUUUAAGCAUAAGUGUCGGUUCUGUGCCAAGGUUUUUGGCAGUGACAGCGCCCUACAGAUUCACCUGCGUUCCCAUACUGGAGAGAGACCCUACAAGUGCAACAUAUGUGGCAACCGUUUCUCCACCAAGGGAAAUCUGAAAGUCCACUUCCAGAGGCACAAAGAGAAAUACCCACACAUUCAGAUGAACCCCUACCCUGUGCCAGAGUACCUGGACAAUGUGCCCACAAGCUCAGGCAUACCAUAUGGAAUGUCUUUGCCACCAGAAAAACCUGUAACCACAUGGCUGGACAGCAAACCCGUCCUCCCCACAAAUUCCACCUCAGUUGGGCUCCAGCUGCCUCCAACGCUGCCGAGUAUGAUGGGAGGAUUUGGCGAAUCUCCAAGUCUCACUCCACUCAACAGAUCCCCCCUUCGACCAUCCCCACCAUCAAGCGAGUGUGCAUCUUUGUCCCCAAAUAUCAUGAUUGACUCUGGCAUGACCACUACUUCACCUUCCCCAAAACCCAGCCUAGGGGGUGAUGCACCUCCUCUCUUGAAACCCGAAGGUGUCCUCCUGCCUCCAAGCUGUUCAAAUAGGCCAGGAGAGAACACCACCACCACAACUACAGUGACUCAAGUGGUCCUCUCCUCUACAGUCACCACAUCGUCCAGUAGUGGGCAAGUCACUGAGUCCAUCACAAGCCCCAGCUCUGUUUCUAACCCUGUCUCCCAUCCGGUUCUUCCCAUGCUCUCAGACCAGUUUAAGGCCAAGUUUCCAUUUGGAGGCCUCCUAGACUCUAUGCAAACCUCAGAGACAUCAAAGUUGCAGCAACUUGUUGAGAAUAUCGACAAGAAGAUGACCGACCCAAACCAGUGUGUCAUCUGUCAUCGGGUCCUGAGUUGCCAGAGUGCUCUGAAGAUGCAUUACCGGAUCCACACUGGGGAGAGGCCUUUUAAAUGCAAGAUAUGUGGCCGGGCAUUCACAACCAAGGGUAACCUGAAAACACACUUUGGGGUUCACAGAUCCAAACCCCCCCUUCGGGUUCAGCACUCCUGCCCUAUAUGUCAGAAAAAGUUCACCAAUGCCGUUGUCCUGCAGCAGCAUAUCCGUAUGCACAUGGGAGGGCAGAUCCCCAACACCCCUCUCCCUGAGAGUCUGCAGGAGAUGGACACUGACCUCUCCUUUGACGAGAAGAGCUUAGAUGCAAUGAGUAAUUAUGAUGAUGAUCUGCUGGAUGAAAUGGAACAAGCUAUGGAAGAUGACGCUGACUUAAAAGAGGGUGAAUUGGACCCAUCCAAACCCUACUCACCUGGGAGCUCCCCUCCAACUUCCAUCAUGUCCAGCAUUGCUGCCAUGGAGAACCAGAUGAAAAUGAUCGACUCCACUGCCAACAUGACCCGUUCAUUUGGUCAGAGGCUUACGCAGAACGGCAGCGGCUUCGGAGGAGAGACUGAUUGCUUUGCCACUGAUUCGCUGUCGGCAGUGGGGGAUGCUGAAGGUCACAGCUUGGGGAGCCCUGCUUUGUCUGAGUCCUCUGGCUCUAUGCAGCAUUUGUCCCCAGCUCACAGCCAUUCUGAGAGCCAGCGAUGCAAGUCCCCUGCUACACUCAACAAUAAUAACAACAGCAGUGCCAUGACAGCAGAGGAGGGCCAGGAGAACAAUACAGCUAGCUUGGCAACGGUGAAGUCGGAAAAAUCAGAGACCCCAUCUCCGCUUUCUGCAAGUGAAGGCACCGGGGCCCUUGACCUGACUGCCACUCAACCUGGCAGGCACUUUAUCAAGGAGGAGAGCCACUUCAACAUGCUGUUCCUGAGCAGAGAUCGAGGGUUGAGCACUCCUAACUUGGCCAGCACUGCAUCAAACAUGAUCAAAAUGGAAAUGAACGGACACGGCAAGUCAAUGUCACUCGACAGCUCACACCUGCCUGUGGGCAUCCAUGUCCCCGCUGCAGCACCCCAGACCACCAUGAGCCCCGGCAUGAACCCGAUGUUGGCCCCCCCACCUCCACGACGCACUCCUAAGCAGCACAACUGCCACUCGUGUGGGAAGAAUUUCUCCUCAGCUAGUGCACUGCAAAUCCAUGAGCGCACACACACUGGAGAAAAACCUUUCGCCUGCUCUAUUUGUGGAAGGGCUUUCACCACAAAGGGCAAUCUGAAGGUCCACAUGGGAACACACAUGUGGAACAACGCUCCAGCCCGAAGAGGUCGGCGACUGUCAGUGGAGAAUCCCAUGGCCCUGCUGGGCGGGGACGCCAUGAAGUUCAGCGAGAUGUUCCAGAAGGAUCUGGCAGCUCGGGCCAUGAACGUCGACCCUGGUUUCUGGAACCAGUACGCAGCCGCUAUCACCAACGGGCUGGCUAUGAAGAACAAUGAGAUUUCUGUGAUACAGAAUGGAGGCAUCACACAGCUCCCCGUCAGCCUCGGCGGUGCGGGGAUCACUUCAUUGGGAGCCAUGCAGGGCGGAAUGGACCGUGUUCACGCUGGCAGCAGCCCUUCCAUGAUGGGUAUGGAGAAGGCUGGUCUAGAUGUGGGGCCAGGCAGCCGCCCCUUCUCCAGAUUUAUGGAGGAAAACAAAGAGAUUGGGAUCAAUUAAAAAGACUUUUCUCUAUUAUUCUGAGGUAGGCAUUUUGCAGAGACUCUUAAAACACAAGAGUCUGAUAACAAGGAAAGAAACUGCUGAUCCAGUCUGAACUCAUGCGUACUAUAUUAUGUACAGAUUAAAUAUUUUUUGGUUUGGUUUUGGAAAUAUGGUAUUUAGUAUUGAUUAGAGGUCUUUGCCUUUCACUCAUCCCCUCCUCACUUGAUAUUUCGCCUAUACGAAGAAUACUUUGUCUCUUGUUUGAGAAUAUGUCGUCUUGCAAGAUUUGCAUGGUACUUAUUGGUUUUUAUCAGUAUGUUUGACUGCUUUUAUGACUUCUUUUGAAAACCAGGAUCCUGCCUCAUUGACUGUGGGCAAGCAUCUAAUCUGGACUGGACUAAAACUGAAAAUAUAUUUGUUUAAAGACGGUCUGGCCGUUGUCUGGCAUCCUUGUUUAUGAAUGCUCUUUUGAAUAUAAAAGGGGCAUGGAUAGACUGAAGAAAAGACUGAAGACUAGUGUUUCUGUGCUCGCCUGAUAUUUUGUUUUUCAUGAACUAGAAAACUUGAAAAAAAUAAUGUUUGAACUAUUUUAAUCUUUACAUUAGUCUCCCAGCAUUGUCUUAUAAUAUUGUCCUGUGUCUUUAGUAUUUAUGAUAUUGACAAAAAAGCGGGUAUACAAAAAUAUAUUUAAUGGCCCAAGCAUUUUAUUGAUCCAUUUUUUUUCUAAACUGCAGGCUUCACUGAUGAAUAUCUCUUUAAUAAAGACAAUAUGUCAUUUGAGUUGAACAACAGAGAAAACUGUACGGUUUAUUUGGAUAUCGGUUGAGACUAUGUGUAUCUGGUUACAUGGUAAAGAGGCUAGAGAUAUCCGAAGCUGCUAUGACCACAACCCUGCUUUUAACCUUUGUAAAAAGAAAAAAGAAGUGAUCCUUUUGAAGAAAUAUCUAUGUAUAGAAAUACAGACAAAUCUAAAACAGGUAUGCAUAUUUUGUAUCACAUAAAAAUAGACAUCAUGAGUUGAGAGUAUUUGUCAUGUUUGUGAAUGCACUUUUUAAAAACGAAGACGUUUUGUCUGUGAGUUACCGUUAACCUUUUGACUGAGCUAUCUAUCACAUGCUGUUUUCAUUGUUUUCAGCGUACCACUCCUACAAUUUGCAGAGUCGGUUCUCUGUUGUUGCAUCUGUGCUACUUGUCAGAGUGCAAACUCAUCACUCAAUCAAAACCUUCUUAAAUAAAAAAUAAGAGAACA